CUCGGCCUCCUGCCGCCCCCACUUUCCCCUGGGGCCUUGAGGAGGCGAGCUCCGGGCGUGUGUGUGCGCGCGCGCUAGGGCGCGCGCGCUUUCACUAACGGAAAAUCUGUGGAAGCUGCUGAAUGUUGUUGGCAGAGUGUUCUGGAGCCCAGCAAAAGCCUCCAAAGCACUUGAGCUUCCCGAAAGAAAAACAGAAUAAAUGAAAGAAAAGAAGGGAAGCCCGUUUCCCUAAAGCCCGGGUUUCCAAUAGUCCUGGAUCUUCCCGGAGCUAAGCAGAGGCGUAGUUGGCAGUGGCCACUGCCCGCAGCUGGACUUGGAAAGACGGUUUUUCCCCAGUUUCAGGAGGUGAGGGCCUUGCAGGACCUGGUCUAGGAACCUGCAAAAAGAACUCUGGGGAGGAGAACGGCCCCGGAGCGGAGCAGCCACCUUCUGACCAUGCCCUGGUGAGGCGGGCGGACUUCGAGGGCAACUCGUCGCGAACUGCCUGGGCUUAGCCAGCAAGCUGCGAGCUGCCAGGGGCCCGGAACUGCGCGGCAAGGCCCGGCGGGGGGCUAUCGUCUAUGACUUCUUGGGGCUCCAGGAGGAUCGGGGUCUCGUUUUUGCAGGAAGAGCCCCGCGCUGGUGGCUUCAGGUGGCUGCCGCCGCCGCUGCUAGUGCUGUUUCCGCCGCUUGUGCAAGGAGUAGAGACCGGCGAGCAGGGAGACUUCCCGGGCAGCGAGGCAUCGGACAUGUGUCAGCACAUCUGGGGCACACAUCCGUCAAGCCCGAGGGGAGAUUUGCUGGAACAAUUCAAACUGCGAUAUUGAUCUUGGGGGUCCCUGGCUGGCAGUCGGGUGGGAGUGCGAGUGUGCGCUCGCUAGGAAGUGUGUGCGUGUGUGCAUGUGUGUGUGUGUGUGUGCGCGCGCGCGCGCGCCCUGUGGGGAUUCCCCCCUUCCCCCCUGUUUUCCCGUCGAGUGAUGCACUUGGAAUGAGAAUCAGAGGAUGGAAAUAGUCUGGGAGGUGCUUUUUCUUCUUCAAGCCAAUUUCAUCGUCUGCAUAUCAGCUCAACAGAACUCACCAAAAAUCCAUGAAGGCUGGUGGGCAUACAAGGAGGUGGUCCAGGGAAGCUUUGUCCCAGUUCCUUCUUUCUGGGGAUUGGUGAACUCAGCUUGGAAUCUUUGCUCUGUGGGGAAACGGCAGUCACCAGUCAAUAUAGAGACUAGUCACAUGAUCUUCGACCCCUUUCUGACGCCCCUUCGCAUCAACACUGGGGGCAGGAAGGUCAGUGGGACCAUGUACAACACUGGAAGACAUGUGUCCCUGCGCCUGGACAAGGAGCACUUGGUCAACGUAUCAGGAGGGCCCAUGACAUACAGCCACCGGCUGGAGGAGGUCCGGCUACACUUUGGUAGUGAGGAUAGCCAAGGGUCAGAGCACCUCCUCAACGGACAAGCCUUCUCUGGGGAGGUGCAGCUCAUCCACUAUAACCACGAGUUAUAUACCAAUGUCACAGAAGCUGCAAAGAGCCCAAAUGGAUUGGUGGUAGUUUCUAUAUUUAUAAAAGUUUCUGAUUCAUCAAACCCAUUUCUUAAUCGAAUGCUCAACAGAGACACUAUCACAAGAAUAACAUAUAAAAAUGAUGCAUAUUUACUACAGGGACUUAAUAUAGAGGAACUAUAUCCAGAGACCUCUAGUUUCAUUACUUAUGAUGGGUCAAUGACUAUCCCACCCUGCUAUGAGACGGCAAGCUGGAUAAUAAUGAACAAACCUGUCUAUAUAACCAGGAUGCAGAUGCAUUCCUUACGCCUGCUCAGCCAGAAUCAACCGUCUCAGAUCUUUCUGAGCAUGAGUGACAAUUUCAGGCCCGUCCAGCCACUCAACAACCGUUGCAUCCGCACCAACAUCAACUUCAGUUUACAGGGGAAGGACUGUCCAAACAACCGGGCCCAGAAGCUUCAGUAUAGAGUAAAUGAAUGGCUCCUCAAAUAGGAAAGUAAGCCAAGAAGAAUCCCACCUCAGUGAAAUGCUACAACUGUGAAUUGACGUAACCUAAACUGUCCCCUUCUUUCUUCUCUUUCUUUCCUCCCUCAAGCCUCAUUCACUCUUUGGAUCGGCCCUUUCUUCAUGAAAAUUGUCUGCAAAACCUUGGCAGAGGAAUAUAUCUCUUACACACACUCACAAAUACACACACAAGCACUCACACACACAUACACACACAUGCAAAUAUAUCUACUCACAUACACACUCAUACAGCCCCCAAGAUGGGAAGUUAAAUUUUAGAAACGAAAGGCUCAUUCAUAAGAGGUCUUAGAAGAAAAUAACCAAUUAACCUGAUUACAAUUUUGAUACUGUUUUCCGAAACAAAUAAAUCUACCGAAUGAGAAUUUUCAGCCUUGUAUAUUACAAAAUUCUUCCAAAAGAGAGAGAGGAGAAAACACAGCUCUGACAGCAUCAAGUGGACUUUUGUUCUUUGCAUCAAGUAAUCUCAAAUAGUGUCCUAGGAUCCUUUAUGGGUGCUGGUGACAGGUGAGCCAAGACAAAGUUGGCCAAGGACACAUUUCUAGAUUGCGAUUCUUCUGUUUACUCAACAAUUUAAAAAGAAAAAAGGACAGACAUUGAAUAGAUGCACAUUGUAUAUAUAUAUAUCACCACAGACUAUUAAAAAAUGGAAUUAUUACCCCUCUUUGUCAUAUAUGUGUAGUAGGAUUUGCCAAGAUCAUAUUGAUCCAUUUGCUGUUUCUUAUUUUCCAAAGGUCAUACAUUGUGUUUGGUUAUUGUUAACAGCUCAAUAAAUGUGUUUAACAAGUUAAUUUCAUUUUUCUGGCUAUAGUCUAUUCUCCUUCCUUACAGGCUAAGCCCUGGCUCCAUGCAACUGCAUUCUUUGGUUUCAUUUGUUCCUUCAUCUACAUGUUUUGCUCAUUUGCAGCCAGUUUUUACUGAGUUUGUGGCAAUGGGAAUGCAUUUGCUAAGCAAGUAUAACUUUAACUCCACUCCAUGGCUCGAUCAUUCAUAUGAGGUGAGGUUCAGCCUGAGAUAGUAGGUGACAGAUUUCUUGCACUUCAAAACUGCCACCGCCCACCCCACCCCACCCCCGUGAUUCUCCCUUGAAGGAAUGCACUUUGUCUUGUAAAUUCUUGGGAAAGGGGUGUAUUUUCUCUCCAGGUGCAGCUGGAUCUCACAAAGUACAAAUGAAUGCCUUUCUUUUCUUGUUUAUAAUGGUCAC